CGGCAGAAGGAAGAAAUCAAGUUGAAAAGAGAGAAGGCACACUCACGUGAGGAAAGCGUGUGGACAUACGAGAGAUGUGGUGUGUGCAGUGAGCACACGCCAGCCACCUCAGAGUUGCGGUAAAGCCAAGCCACUCUACCUCAUCUCAACACAACAAGUGGAUUUGAAGAGUAACGGGACUCAGGCACCGGCACAGGUUCUGCUCUCUGGGAGGUCCGUCGUUGGGUCCAUCCUGAUCUCCAGUACCCAGUGGAUGCCUCCAAACUCCAACCAUGGGAGAAUGGACCAUCCUAGAGCGCCUCCUAGAGGCUGCGGUGCAGCAGCACUCUACUAUGAUAGGAAGGAUCUUGCUGACGGUCGUGGUGAUCUUCCGCAUUCUGAUUGUGGCCAUCGUUGGUGAGACCGUGUACGAGGAUGAGCAGACCAUGUUCAUCUGCAACACUCUGCAGCCAGGCUGCAACCAGGCCUGCUACGACAAAGCCUUCCCAAUCUCCCACAUCCGCUACUGGGUCUUCCAGAUCAUUCUCGUGUGCACACCAAGCCUCUGCUUCAUCACCUACUCUGUCCACCAGUCAGCCAAGCAGAGAGAUCGCCGUUACUCGUUUCUUUAUCCCAUAAUGGAGAAGGACUACGGCGGCCGAGAUGGGGCGCGAAAGCUUCGCAACAUAAAUGGUAUUUUGGUUCAGCACGGUGGAGAUGGAGGAGGGAAAGAGGAGGCUGACUGUUUAGAAGUGAAGGAGAUCCCCAAUGCCCCUCGGGGCCUCACCCACGGCAAGAGCUCCAAAGUCCGCAGACAAGAAGGGAUCUCCCGCUUCUACAUCAUCCAGGUGGUCUUCAGAAACGCACUGGAGAUUGGCUUCUUGGCGGGCCAAUACUUCCUGUAUGGCUUCAGCGUGCCUGGGAUCUUUGAAUGCGACCGUUACCCGUGUCUCAAGGAAGUGGAGUGCUACGUGUCUCGGCCCACAGAAAAAACGGUUUUCCUGGUGUUCAUGUUUGCGGUGAGUGGCAUCUGUGUGGUGCUCAACCUGGCAGAGCUGAACCACCUGGGCUGGCGCAAGAUCAAGGCGGCCAUCAGGGGCGUGCAGGCCCGCAGGAAGUCUAUCUGUGAGAUCAGGAAGAAGGACAUGGCACAUCUGUCCCAGCCACCCAACCUGGGACGCACUCAGUCCAGUGAAUCAGCCUACGUUUGAUGAUGAUGACGAUGACGAGGGUGAAUAAAGGGGGAGUUGGACGAAUGUACAAGAAAAAAUAAAUGAAUUAAUUAUGAUUUUAAUUUCCUGAGGAAUGAGGGUCAAAUAAAAAAACCUCUCUUGUUUGAUGAUGGAAUUUCACAGAAUGUAAAAAGACCAAAACUCCGGCUUCAAGAGUCACGAGAGGGCAAAGAUCAUGACGAGCAUGAACCAGGACAAAAGGCUUUGUUCUGCAAAACGAACAUCAUUAACACAAUGAUCUCACGAGAAGACGUUCCUGCCAUUUUAUACGUUUGUCCUUUUUUUUAAAUAAUAACUUUUUCCUCUGCCCUUCGUAAUGGGAAGACCUAAAUCAUCACAGGGCUGGAGAGGGCCGUGUUAGGACGAAGAGGAAGAGAGAACACAAUGGAAAAGACGCUGUUUUGUGUUCUCUGGAAACUGGAAGAUGAGUGAGGUGUUUAGUGCAUCCCAUGGUGCUUUUUCGUCUGGACUUUAUCAGAUUUUGCUUUAAAAAAAAAAAAAAAGAGUGAGGCGUGCAAGAACAGGAUAGGAGAUGGGAAGGGAGGAUGAGCAGCAACAUCGUGAACGGAAGAACUGUUAGAGCCAAGACAGACCACAGAGGAUGAAGGCAUGUUUUUGGGAGUGGGGGAUAACAGGAGGGAGAUGUCAAGCUCUGGGACAAUAUAUGAAACAAGAUACUGAGGGGGGGAGGAUAGGAAACAUAUUUCCUUUCCUACCUGUCUUUGCUGAAGAUUUCUGGAUCUACUGAAGCCAAUAGAGGCGGCGGUGCCUCCAAACAUUGUGUCUCGCCUCCGCUGGAACAUAGACACAAGCCAAACGAAAAGAAAAAUACUGACGAUGUUUAUGCUCCAUCUCUUGGCAAUAGAUGACUUCAACACAAACACAGAGAGUGGCUCCCAUAAACACCCCUCUUUCCUCUCUUCUGUCUUCUCCUCUCUCAGCUCCGUGGCUGGCAGCUGUACAGACAUAGGCCUUGGAUGACAGUAAUGACCGCUGCUGCUCUCCACCUGCGUAAACAUGAAAGUAUUAGUGAACAAAUGGACGGGCAGGUUGGUCAGUUCGGUGUCUCCUGAACGUCCUGCCAGCAUCUUGGCCCGCUAACCGACAAAGGAUUAACAGAAGAAGAGCACAGGGGAACGAAAAACUGUUGACGAGAAGGAACACAUCACUUUAUUAUAACUUUAAACAGAUUUUAUAAAGAAUAUUACCAUAAAUUAUGAUUCUUUUUCUUUUUUUUUUUGAGAAAGCGAUGGUGCCAUCCUUAAGAUAUUUAAUUAUUGUUCAACAGUUCCAUAGAGUAUAUCACAGUAAUAUUAUUUAUCCAUUAAGAGUAUAUCCAAAUAGAUUUAUUUAUCUCUGGGGAUGGGUUAUUGGGGACUUCAUGUUUUUGUUUGUUUUUCUAAUGUAUAAACUGUUUGUCUUUUUCAUUUUUGUUUAGUGUGAUCUAUUUUCUCACUGAUGCAUCGGAUUAAUGACGUGUCUGGGGGUGAGAAGGGACGACUUUGUGAGCUUUGUUGUUAAAAGCUUUGAGGAUGUGCAGCUGAACCCCCCCCCCCAACUCCAAACUACACAAAACUUUAACAAAAAAAAUGUACUGCAAUCACAAUGCAGUUUAACAGAGCUGUCAGACAACAUUUUUACAGUUUGUUUUCCUAUUCAGACCUUUUUUAAAAUAAUUAUAAAAAAGAAAUCGGUUGUAUUCCUUCAGGCAGGUGAGGCCUGGGAGCUAUUUGAUAAGGCAUGUUUACAUAAUGCAAUGUUUCUUGGAUGAACAAGCUGUGGUGAGCAGUUGCUCUCUAGGGACAGCUGUGUUUUUGUCUCAGUGGCUUUUCAUUCCUUUCCUGACUUGGUUUCAGCAUGUGUGUAUUGCGAAAGAAAAGUAACAGAAUAACCUGAAUGAUAUAGAAAAGACAAAGAUGGAAAAGAGUGGUGCACCUUGAUUAAUGCAGAUGAGUGGAAGAGUGGCAGACUGCAGGAACUUACGCUGGGACAAAGACUGUGUUUCUGAAUAGUCACAGACAUGCACAAAUGUAUAAUUUAAAGCAGAAAGCUAGCACUACGCUGUGAGCUUGCGACACCAGAUACAGUUUGAUGGACUGCAUCCAGCAUGCUUUGAGACUCACGUAUACAGAAACGGAUUCAACCAUCACCAUGUUGUCUUGUGACUCUGUGGGAAGGGGCUCAGGGGCCUGAGGUACAUACACACAAACACAGCAACCAAAUCUUUCUCCUAACUCAUCACGUGCCAGUCAAGAGUGUCAGCAUGUGAUGAACUGGGAUUUAACCACAUUUAGGUAGGUAGAGAGGUAGUGAGAGCAGUUGUGGACUGACAAAUUCCUCACUAGGAUACUUUACGGACGAUAGAGGAAUAAAAAAAUAUAAUAUCCGAGUAGGAUAUUUAAAUUAUUAUUUUUAUUUCCCCUGUUUUUUUUAUUCAAAUCUUUAGGAAAAGCUCAAGGAAAACAACAUGGUUUGGGCUGAAAUCUGCAACAUUGAACAUGCAACAAUGCUUUAGGCAUGUUUGCACUGGCGUGCUGUUGCAACGGCUGAUGCAGCUGCAGAACUGCUGCCCAUUCACCCCCGCUGUCAUAAUCUCUUGGAUUCUUACAGGUGAUUAUCUCCAGAUUUAGUCUUCUCUGAGGAUGUUUGUCGGGCUCAGCAGGGAUGUAUACAGUCCUCUGCAUGCACGAGGAAGGACAAUCUUGUUGACAGAGCAAAUCAAAAUACUAACAAUAGAGGUUUUGUUUUCCGUUAUUAACUGGUGAGAGCUUAAAUGGCGACCUUGAGAUUAAAAGCCCGUUCUAUAUGCCGCCCCUACUGGAACGUUACUUCAUAGUACAGUACUGACAUAAUCUCUUCAGAGGACAGACCAGCGCUGGUCUUAGCACUAUUUUUACUGAAGAGCACUCCAUAUUCAGCAUGAAACUCAAUAAUAAUAAUGAUAAUAAUGAUAUUAAUAAUACAAAUCUGAAUGUAGCAGCAGGCAGUUUGUGUCUGGUUUCAUUCUGGUCAGAAACACAAACACAUCUAUAGUGUUAGGACAUAGAGGACCAUAAAAGUGCCCUGCUUUUCUUCAGUUUACAUGUAGCAUCCAAUUGUGACUCCAGCCUCAGGUCUGUAAUGAAUGCUGACUGGAGGUCGCCGAGGUACCGGGUCCACCACUUUCACAGUCCACGCGAGCUCCGGCUCUUCCAGCAGUCCGCUUCUCUCCACAGUCUGCUGUUCUAUCUGUAUACUUUUGUUUUCCUCUCAUUUGCUUGUCUUUUUUGACUCGUGGGUUCAUUUUGUUGUCUGUUGCUCUUUCUGUGCAGUUACAUGUCAAAAAAAGGAAAGAUUUUUUUUAAACAUGUGAAGUCAAGGGUAGAGUGAUGAAAUAUUAUACAAAUAGAAAAAAUGUUCUAUUUCUUCCCUUGCCAAAGUAAUAUGCAAAGUUUAUUUAAUUUUCAAAGUAUUCUUUUUCUUAACUGCAUGUGUAAUAGCUAUAAUAAGCAUGUUUCUAUGUUUUCUUCGACAGAACCUUUAAAGAGAGUCUUUUAUAGUCCAAACUAUGGAGUGAAGCUAUAAUGUCUUGAUGCCAAGUGUGUAUAUCAAUCAGCCAGUUCUUCAGAGCGCACAGAGCCAGGCAGACCAACACCAACUCAGUGAUAUUAAAACUACCUGUUCAUUUCAGCUCCCAACAUAUUUUGAUAACCAGUACAAACACUAAAUCUUUGACGUGCACAAUUAUAUGAACUUUUAAAAUAAGAUGCUUUGAUGUAUAAGCCAGUGUUUCAAUGAUCUACUGUAAAACACAGGGUAGGAAUGUAAGUAUACAGUUAAAAGACUGGUACCAUUAGUUGUCAGAUGGCAGAACAUUCCAGGAUUUAGACUUUAGCACAAUCUGUAUUUUAACCCGUCAUUUACAGUAUUUUAGUAUAAAAUGAUUCAAUUCUCAGAGAAGCACCCUGAGGACAGCCCACUGGGCCGCGGUCCGCAGACAGCAGACUCAGGAAAGACAACAAUGCUGAUCUGUCAAACCAGUUUUUACUUGUAAAGAUGCGUUUUCUGCUUAAAAACUUUUAUAAAAAACAUUGAGUCGUACAGUUACGGCUACUCUAGAAAACGGUCCUCAAGUCUGAGCCAUGAGCUUUGCUCAAUGGUGCUAUCAGUCUUUACCAAAAACAUUCAUAUAAUCCCUUUAGUCCAGCAAAGUACUGCCCACAUACCACAGGUCAUGUAGCAAAGCUAGUCUUCUUAAAAAUUAACCUUUUACUUCUGACUGUUACUAACCAGUGGGACAACCUCUACUAGCCCACAGCACAUCAUGUAAUUUUCAUCAGAUUCUGCAGUGACUUAUUACCACAAAACAGUAGCAAACAAUUUGAAUCCUCAGGAAUGCAGCACGUCGCUGUUUCAUUCAUCAACGCAGAGCUGACUGCGAGUACUACGUUACUCUUUAAUCUGCUGCCAGACGGACCUUAGAUUGAUUUAGUAAUUAGCAGUAACAUUAUGUAGCCAAUCUAAAGGGCUGGUUAGGUGGCCCCUGAGCAAGAUUUAAAAAAAAAAGCCCGUCUCAUGUGUUCAAGGGCUUCACCACAAUCUAAAAAGCCAUUUUUUUUUUUUCUUUAUAAAACUCAAUCUUGACAUGGCACAUUAUCUUGAAAAGGCACAGUGUGCAGUCACGCGACACGAUUAAUCACAUGUAUGGAGUCAGUCGGGCUUGAAAUUGUCUUUGCAUUUAAAGUGAAAAUUACACUUCUUCUCUCAAAUAAGACUUUUUUUUUAGAGCAUUAAACUCAACAAGAGAAAUGUAAGUUGCAAAGGUACUUAUCCAAAUGUUCAGAUUCAAUUGUCAUUUUAUUGUGAAAUGAAAUGCUCCCUCCUCCUCCUCCAGCCCUGUGUUAUACUGCUGCACAAAGGCAAGAUCACAUCCAUCUCAGCAUUCAGGAACAUGCCUUCAACAUAGAAAUAAAACUCACAUGAUAUCCAUUAUCAUUAUCCUUAGACCCUUACACUGCCUGUCAGAGUGGAAGUAAAAUCGCCAUCCAGCUCUGUCUGUCUCAUUGUUAACUAUUCCACGGACCAAAGAUGGAUUAAUGGCACAUAUCAGGUCCGGUCUCCGAGACCAGCACCUCCCGAGCUCAGAUCAGAUCAGUACUGUCUCAUGACAUGUGUUUGCCCACAUGUUCGAGAAGUUCAGUGUUACAGUCAGAGGGAUGAAACCUGAAUGUUGACGUGUCAGGGGAGUGGGGGAGCACUGUGAAGUGUGGCCAAUAUUUGGCAUUCUAGUAAUGAAUAUGAGAAUAUAGUUUGAUUUUAUCCCUUGUCAGCGUAGCUUCUGCAUUUAUCUGUGACAUCUCUACAGAUGUAAAAACCUGGACUGAUAGACAGGAAUGAUGGACUACACACUCCAACACACUCACGCUUUGUGACCUUCAUCAGAAAAUCUGUCAUUUGUGACCGCAGAUUAUAUGAUGUAUGUGAUGGACCUUCUUUGAAGGUUCUCUGUAUAUUUCUGACUGGUGUACUGUAUGUAAAGACUGAAUAAAACCUUGAAUGUUGCAUCAAG